UCCUCCUCCCUGCACACAGGCACAACCAGCACAAUGGCCUUUGAAAGCCUAUUCUCCAAUCCCCCAAACCCAGUUCUUGACCAAAACAUGCCCGACUCUGACAGGCAACAUGCAGGGGACGAAAGAGAGGAUGGUGAACUUGAAGAUGGUGAAAUAGAUGAUGCUGGACUUGAAGAAGAUAAGGAAGAAAAAGACACAAAAGUUGAAGAUAAACCUAAAAAUGAAAAAUCUCAUAGAAAAUCACGAAAGAAGCGCAAAAAGGAAAAAGAGAAGAAAAAAUCAAAAAGGAGAAGACGAGAUAAACACAAGCAUAAUUCACCUUCUAGUGAUGAUAGUUCUGACUACAGCAUUGACUCUGAUGCUGAACGUACAGAAAGAUCUCAUAAGAAAGGAGCUGGUUUCUAUAGAGAUUAUGAGUCUUCAUUCCUUCAGCAUGGGCAUAUUUCAGGAAAAUAUACCCCUUCGCAGAAGAUACAGCAUAAUAAAAAAACAAAAAGCAAAGAUUAUGAUAAUUACAGUGAUGAUUUUUGUUACAAUGAAGAUGAAAAAGAAGAUUUUGCUGAUCAGUUAAAGCAAUAUAGACAAGCUAAAGAAACUAAUGAGUUAGAAGCUCCAAUUUCAAAAGAACCAGGGAAAAAGCAAGGGAUGAAAGGGAUUCACAAAGGUGCUACACAAAUGAGCAAUAGUUAUGGUAUUGGCCGAGGGCGCAACAUGCAAAAGAAACUGAAACGCAAAGAUCGUGGAAGAGGAAGAGGGAUAAAUAAAGGAUCUGAGGAAGAAAUGAAGCCAAUAAAGAAAUGGCCAACUAUGAGUCAGGCAUUCAUAAACCAGCAUACGGUGGAACACAAAGGAAAACAAAUUUGUAAAUAUUUCUUAGAAGCCCGUUGUAUUAAGGGAGAUCAGUGUAAAUUUGAUCAUGAUGCAGAAAUAGAAAAGAAAAAAGAAAUCUGUAAAUUUUACAUUCAGGGUUAUUGUUCCAAAGGAGAAAACUGCAUUUACAUGCAUAAUGAAUUUCCUUGCAAGUUCUAUCAUACAGGAGCAAAAUGUUACCACGGUGACAAAUGUAAGUUUUCUCAUGAUCCUCUAACUAAAGAGACAAAAGAACUGCUUGAUAAGGUACUGAAUACUGAAGAUGAGCCUCAGAAUGAUGAUGAAAAAGAAGUGGAAGAACUUAGGAAACGUGGCAUAGUUCCUCUUCCUAAGCCACCUCCAGGGGUUGGACUUUUGCCCACCCCACCGGAGCCAUAUUCAUUUAUGGAGGAAGAUGCAGAAAACUUUCAGGAUCCCUCUGGCGAGUUCAAGAAAAUUCCAUCCCUCUUUGAAAUUGUUGUGAAGCCUACUGUGGAUUUAGCACAUAAAAUUGGGAAAACUCCGCCAGCAUUCUAUAAUAGUACAUCGCCCCCUGGACCAGAGUUUGAAGGAAAUGAUCCUCACAUGUAUAACAGAGAAUCAAGCCCAGGACAUAAUGGACCAGCAGGGCAUCCAGGAUCUCCUGGUCAUCCUUGUAUGGGUUCAGUGGUGCCACAUAGUCCACCUUUGCAGCCAGUUCCUGCAGGAUACUUAGGACCACAAGGUCAAGCCAGUGGACCUAUGCAUGGAAAUCAGGGUGGUCCACCUUUAACACCACCUGGUGUGUCAUACAACUGUGCAGUGGGUCAAGAACAUAUGGCAAACAUGCCCAGAGACAAUCAUUGCCCACCUGGUCCACCAUAUCAGCACAUUCCUAGUGAACGGCAGUCAAAUCCUGCAUAUGAAACUCUUCAGAAUCCAGCUAAUUUCUAUGACAACUACUAUUCACAUCAGGCUGUGCAUAAUUUCCAAACAACCAAUAAUGCUAAUGAUGCUACAUGGCAAGGAGACUUUACAGAACCCCAGUCUUACAUAAAUUCUUCAGAUUCACAUAACAGUGGAAAUGAGUAUGAAUCAGAUUGCGCCACUACAGCAGGACACAAUUCGGCUAUGAAUGUACCUGAUUUUCUUCCUGCAAUGCAGAAAGCCCUUUUUGUAAGGCUUAGUCAAAAACAUCAAGAUGAUGGAGAACAGAUGAGCAAUCAGUGUCAAAGAUCACUGAGUAGAGAAGAAGAUGAUAAUGUAAAUUGGUACUCUAGUAGUGAAGAAGAAGAAGGAAGCAGUGUUAAAUCCAUACUGAAGACCUUAAAAAAACAAAGUGAAACAUUUCGAAAUCAGCAUUCAGCAGAUCAGCAGCUGCGUGUUAUGCCAGUUGACCCGAGACUUGCUAAGGAACGUGGUUCAGGAAACCAGGCUGUUGAUCCAAGACUCAGAUCAGCUUCAAGAUCAAAUGCUAGGAAAUCAUCAGAAUCGGGAGUCUUGGACCCAAGGCUUGCACGAGAUCCAAGAACCUUAAAGGGUAAUGAAAGCAGUCAUGGAAGCUCCUCUACGAGUGGAGCAAAACUGGAUGUGCAUUAUCCACACCCUGUUGUCAAGAUCGCGCAAAAAGGAUUGGAUGAAGAUGAUGAAGAUGCUGAAAGAGAGUUAAGAGACAGAGCUUUUCUCAUACCAUUGGAACCUCUUCCUGGAGUAACAUUACGAGAUCCAAGAUCUCAGCUUAGACAGUUCAGCCAUAUUAAAAUGGACAUUGUUCUAAGCAAACCCAAUUUUGCUAAGCAUAUUGUAUGGGCUCCUGAAGAUUUACUCCCAGUACCUUUGCCAAAACCAGAUCCAGUAUCUUCAAUCAAUUUACCCCUUCCUCCACUUAUAGCUGACCAACGAUUUAAUCAAUUAAGGAAUAGCAAAAGUGAUCCUAUCCUAAGUACAGUUCCAUCUGAUCCACGACUAGCAGCAAAAGCAAAAAAUAACAUAAACUUAGCAAACAGGAGUGGAUCUUUGGAGCACUCUACAGAUUUGCAUCCUGGUAAUACAAACAAGUUAGGAGAUCCUCGCUUACAAAAAUCCACGGACCCCAGGCUGCAUAGACUGUCCAGUACAGACUCCCAUCAUGGAACGGUGAAAGAUCUUUUGCCUUCAAAAACUGAUCCGAGGUUGGCCAGAUCCAGCACUUGUACAUCACAGUCCUCAGAAGCUUCAGUCUUCCAGUCUGACGCAGAUACAUUGCCUCCAUAUGCGCCCAAGUUGUCAUCUGCAAGUUCCAAACUAGGCACCUCUAGUUCAAUAAUAAGUGGCAUUAGUUUGUAUGAUCCAAGAAAUCAUACAUCAUUGGAUUCUUCUCCAGUUAAUUCAGGAGAGAAUGGAGAAAACCAGAAAAAGGGUAUUUUGAAAAACACUGGUCAGAAUGAAGUAGCCACCACAGAAGAACAGUUGCCUCAAAAAGCAUCCCUGCACGUAGAAAAACAUGUGGAAGCAUUUGGAGAAACCAAUUCAGAGAAAGUAGCUACUCUCAAUAAAUCUCAGGCUAAACACUCCAGUUCUGCUCCAGCGGUGCACAACCUUCCUAUCCAAGCUUUAUCAGGGUUAAUCAGACCACAAUAUAAUGAUCAGAGGCAAGUAAGGCAGCCUGGGCAGAUCACUCCAGCACUAGAAAAUGAUCCAAAUGGGGAAUCAGAUGACAAAUCGCUGAAAGAUGUUUUCAAGACUUUUGACCCAACUGCUUCACCUUUUUGUUAGCUAAUUGUUAAGAUUUUUUACCAUUGUGAAUAAUGCUGGUUUCUGCGGUUUUGUAACUGGUUUACCUCUAUGCUUUAUUUAUUUUUAAAUUAUAACCAGAAAUACAUUGGGGCUGCUAUUUUCAGAACCACAUGCAGUAAUACAGUAUACUAUAGUGUUUGCCAAUUUGGUAUUUUCUAUAUAAGUUUCCCAUUUCAGGGAUAUGAAUCAUUGAUCCGUUUAAAUAAAAGUAUAUAUCAUGUUAGGUCUGAGAGAAGCACUUUCAUUGUAAAUCAUCAUUAAGGGAUUCAAUUAAAGACUUGUAUAUGUGUAAUGUGUCUUUUCAAAAUCAACAUUUUAUGUUUGCCACUUUUGUAUGAUUGUACAGUUUCAAGCAAUAUAAUGUACAUUACUAUGAGAAACAUUAUUUAAGAUGACAAUUAUCUAAUCUUCUUAAGCCCAACUUGCUAAGCAUUUGACACAGGGCAACAUUUUUUACUCAUGAAACUGAUAUUCUUAGCCUAAAAGAUAUUGUAUUACAUACUGAGGAGCAGAAAAAACUUUUUAAAGUAUUUUAUUCUAUGCUGUAUAUAUAAAAAUGCAAAGGACAUAAUUAAAACAUUAUUGUUAAAAUAGAAAACACCUAGGUCUAUAAAAUGUAUUUACUUUUUCAUGUAUACACUAUUCUCUAUUGUGUUAUGUCACAUUGUGGUGUUCAUGUAUUCAAUGUAUUUUUGUAUUCAGCUGCUUAAUUUGUAUUGCUUUUUUGUAUUGAUGUAAUGACAGUAACAUGUAUUCAUGUGUCUGGCAUUUUUAACAAAUUAAAAGAGUGAAAUCUCUGACUUUCCA